CGCCUGCUUCAGCGUUAUUCUACCAUGGUAAGUACAGUAAAUCUGAAUGCGUUGUGUUAUUUUUUUUUAAGAAACCAAUUCAAGUUAAAUCUUUUCUCCAUUCUUACACUUACGGUUGCACUUUUUCAUUGAUGAAUUAGCAUCCCCUUCCUUGUCCUUGUAAAUUACCUUCUGAGUAUGAGAUUCGAUGCMUACAAGGUGUGCAGAGGAAGGCGCCGGUCUAUUGCAAAAAGAACGGGUGGRAUUGGAGUUUGGGAGCAUUUACUUCACAUUGUCGCCGUGAUUGCUGUUCUGACGAAUUGUUGGCUAGUUGCCAUUACCAACCAGGAGUUUAGGGCGAUAGCAGAAGAAAUUGGAUCUACGGCCACUGUUUUUCUGGUGGUUGCAUGGGAGCAUGCCAUGCUGCUUCUCAAAUACCUGAUGGGCACAACUAUAUCGAAACUUCCGAAAGAAAUAAGAGACGAGAUCAGAGCAAAACAACACGAUUUUGAAGAGAAGAUAUACGAAGAUAUGAGACUAAAGACUGAACAAACCCGGAGACUGAAGAGAGAUAAAUCAUUCGUUCAAUCUUGCACUCCUGAUUCUAUGUCACACGCUGGAAGUGGUUUCUUCCACCACGAUUAUAAGAGUGUAAAUGGGUCGUCUCCUAGUUCCCGAUCUAAAGCAGGUACAGUAGUUUCAAGUCCGCACGAUAGAAGCAGUCUCCUGAAUCAUUUUGAACCGGAUGGCUAUAGUCUAGAACACCUCACUACCACUCCUGAGAAAAGUGCUCGCCUUCAAACUAUUGAAUCAUUCGACGAAUCGGUUGACAAGCUUUCGAAUGCUGAUAGCAGAUCGAGUGAAGUGUAUGAGUCUCCGACAACUGAAAAUAAGAGUUGUAGUCAAUCAAUUGAAUUGUUUGACGAUACUGACAGUGGUAGUUCAGUUGAAUUAUUUGAGUCUCGACCCAUUGAGAGUAAGAACUUUCGUCAAACAAUUGGAUCGCUUGACGAUAGUAGUCGUGGUACAUCGGGAGACUCAGGCGAGUCUCCAACCACUGAGAAUGAGAGUCGUCACCAGCCUAUCGAUGAUAGCAGACMGGGUGAACUAUACGAGUGUUGAGAACUUUCCUUCACGCCUAAAUUUAUAUGUUGAAUGUGCUUUGCCCUCAUAGAAUAAUCAAGAUAAUGCCUA